AUGAGAUCCUGCCACGUUACUGAUUAUUUUUACAUUUCGUCCUUCUCUACAGACGAGUGUCCCGACGAGGAGUUGGCUGUUCGACUUUUCCUUCGCCGAAUCUUCCUCGAUCCCAUCAGUUUCCCACUUAACCUAGGACCGACGUGGGCGGACCUCAGCAGCACAAACGCCACAGCAUCUAGUUCUAAAUUUGGUUCUUUCCCUCCUAGCUCUACUGACUUGCUCACUUCUUCCGGCUACAUAUCGUCAGCUAGCGUCUCCUUUCGCGAUGACAGCUUUGAUAUAGCUGCCUUCCGGAGUCAAAGUCCCGGGACGAAUCUGAUAACAUCAACGCCCUUAAUUAAACCCAUGGGUGGUGCCGCUAGUAGUAACAACAGUCUUUCGCGCGGCUGGCCAACUGCGGGUAUUCUUGCCGACAUUCUUCACUCCUAUCCCUUUGUCCAUCAAGCUCGUCUCCUUUUCAUUCUCUAUGGGCCUGUUCAUAAGGCACGCCUGAUGUGGAACAUAAUGUGCGAGAAUACGGCCGCUGAUUUGAAGCAGUUAUCGGCGUGCUUCGGUGAACUAGGGCGAGUACUCAACAGCCUUUGGCUCUCUGGGCAUUGGUCAGCCAGUGACACCAUUGCUGUCUUGCAUGAGAUCACCAAUACGCCUGACGGCUGGCUGGCUGAGAACGUCGCCUGCCUCUUGCACUCAGCUGGUCCUCAACUGGCAUCGCUGGCAGUGCAGCACAAGGCCAGCAAGGGCUAUGUCACUGAACUCGCCGUCAUUCUCACCUCUUUGUGCCUUGUUCAGGUGAAAAUCAAGGAGAAUCUAUCGGGUCUGCUGAAACUUGUGGGAGAUGCUGUUCAGGCCACCGGCAGUGCCUAUAGGGAGGAAUUCCUAGACUCACUAUCCAACGCGUUUCGAGGCGUCAUUGUUGAUCUGUACGAGACUGAUGAACUGGAUGAAAGACUGGAAGACUUUUCCAUCAUCCUCAAGGCCCAGUCUUACUUUUUCCGAGCUCUGCUUGCGCGAGUCUAUGAGGAAUAA